UCCAAAUAUCGGACUAGAAAAGGUACCCUUGCUAUGAAUGUAUUAGGAGUAUGUUCACCCGAGAUGGAAUUUAUAUAUGUCUUACCUGGUUGGGAGGGGUCGGCACACGAUGGUCGGAUUCUUCGAGAUGCUAUUUCUAGGCCUAAUGGGUUAAAAGUUCCAAAAGGUUGUUAUUAUCUAUGUGAUGGAGGAUAUACUAAUGGAGAAGGAUUCCUUGCACCCUAUAGAGGGCAUCUUUAUCAUCUUAGAGAAUGGAAUAAUGGCCCCCGACAACCUCAAACCGCCGAAGAAUAUUUCAACUUAAGGCAUGCAAAAGCUAGAAAUGUGAUUGAGAGAUGCUUUGGAUUACUCAAGGGAAGAUGGGGGAUUCUUAGAAGUCCUUCUUGGUUUAGUUUACAAACACAUGGUCGAAUUGUACUUGCUUGUGCUUUAUUACAUAAUUUGGUAAAGAGAUACAUGCUUGCAGAAUUUGAUGAUGAGGACUUGUUUGAGGAAAAUGAUAGUAAUGAUAAUGAUGGUGAUGAUAAUGAGGAAGAUGAUGUGGAGUACAUAACCUCCAUUGCUGUAACCGAUCCAUGGACGAAUUUUCGAAAUACAAUGGCCCAAUAUAUGUUCAAUGAUUGGAGGGCUAGACACCGCAAACUUACUUUGUAAUGUUAUUCCUUUUUAUUUAAAACCUCCAUUUCUUGUAUUUGAACUUCAGACUUGUAUGUUUAUUACAUGCUUGAAUAUUUCUUGUAUUGAAUAUUUCUUUGUUUACUUGUAUUGAAUAUUUCUUGGUUCAUUCCAUUUUUAUAUACAUGAAUGUUGGUGAAGGUAGUUCUAAUGAAUUGGCUAGCUUACAAGCAUUCAUGAAAGACAUGAAUGUCAUCUUUCAACUAUGGCAAAUGUGAUGGCCCGCACUGAUGAUCGUGAGCAAAAAAUAGUUGAACAGACUGAGAAAGUGUUAGAGGAACUACUCUCUUUUAAUUUAGAAGGUGUAACUCCUAACCAAGUUUUAAAGUGGCUAACAUUCUAACCUCACAACCAAACAAGCUCCUGAUAUUUUCAAAGUGUCCCGACGCUUUGAAAAGUGCUUAUGUUAAGAGUCUUCUUGGAGGAAAUAGUAAUGCUUAGAUCUAAUGUUGUGGUUCCAUGAAUGAUUUUGAAAGGACUAGAACACUUUUCGUAUGUAUUUUGAUCUACAAACAAGUGAUUAUAUGUAAU